AGGAGGAGGAGGAGGGCUCGUGCGGGAAGGGGCUGUUCUUUGAGACUUUCCCUGUGUCGUGCAAUCGCUUCACGCCAUCGCCUCGCGCUUCCAGGUGCUCUCUGGGUCUCGGCCUGCGCGGCGUCGGAGCACGAGGAAGUGAGCUUCACAACGAGCCGUCGGGCGGCGCGAACCGAUCAGAUUUGGGUCUGCUUUGGAGCGGUUUUUGAUCGACCCAGGGCCUUCUUCAUACCACUUCACUUCAGUUGGUUCCAGGCACUACCAAGUUGUCAUAUGCUUGGCAAUUGUGAAAGAAUCCCGCAAUGGGAGCCACUAAGUGAGAUCGCAAUUUUGGCAGGUGAGGAGAAGUGUUGAAGAAGCGCAAUGGGGCUCCUGGAGGGUUUUAUCAAGUCGACAGCCAUGAUCCUGGUCUCUGAAAUCGGAGACAAGACUUUCUUUGUAGCAGCGCUUAUGGCCAUGCGUUAUUCUCGAGGGAUAGUCUUUGCUGGUUGUCACAGUGCACUUGGGCUAAUGACUAUUCUGUCUGCCUUGUUCGGUUGGGCAGCUCCGAACUUGAUUCCCCGACAUUGGACACAUUAUGCUGCCACUUCAUUGUUUUUCUUAUUUGGUUUGAGAUCAUUGUAUGAUGGAUUUACGCAUGAAGGAGGAGAAUCCGCCGAACUGGCGGAAGUAGAAGCUCACUUGCAAGCGGAGGACAAGCGUGAUGAUAAUGCCACAGCCAAAUCGCCAAAGACAAAAGAUGGAAAAAAGCAGCAAAACAGUGGCCUGCUUUCACCUAUUUUUUUGGAGGCAUUCUCUCUCACAUUCCUAGGAGAAUGGGGUGAUCGGAGCCAGAUCGCAACAAUAGGCCUGGCCGCUCAAGAAGAUGUUCUGGGAGUAACUUUGGGUGGCAUCUUGGGCCAUGGGAUUUGUACUGGAGCUGCCGUCAUCGGAGGAAAGCAUUUAGCAAGCCGAAUUUCAGAGAAAACGGUGGCCAUCUGUGGGGGCGUUCUGUUUUUAAUCUUUGGCGCCCACGCACUUAUUACUGGUGCUGGAGAAUAGACUUGUCUUAUUAUUUGCUUUUUGGUUAGCUUUCUGGGGCUGUGAGCUGUUUAUUGGUCUGUUCGCAGCUGGUGUGUCCAAAUAGAUGGACGAAUUCGAGUUGCAUAUGGUUCGAGUCCUUAUCGCUGUAUAGAGUGAUGGGCAGAAACUCAAGCAUCUGAGUUUCUAACUAGAAAAAUCAUGCAUUUACAGUGAA